AUGGCUACGAUUGCAAAGGGAGCUGCCACUGGACCGGCAAAGCUUCAAGCCGUGGCAGAUCUGGUCAAUAGGCUCUGCGAUGAUCUCGAAAACAUCUCACUGUUACCUAAAGACCGCAAUGAUGCCUUAGAAGAGCUUAAAAUAUACGGGAGGGACCCCAAGUACGCAGAUCCCAUCUUCACCAAAGAUGGAUUUACCAUGCUUUUAAGGUAUUCAUUUCAGAACCCCCCAGAUGACACCUCACGAGCCGCCCUGCGAGUAGUAGCCAAUGCGAUGCUUUUGAAACCCGAGACACGUCAGAUGUUUGUAGAUCAAGGGUAUCCUGCUCAGGCUUGUGAUCGGCUCAGGGGGGGAAAUUGGGAUGACGAGUUCCUUCUUUCGCGGGCACUGUUUCUUUCAACCUACGGCACCAAUAUCGAUCUGCCAGAAUUGAUCGAUAGCCACGAACUAGCGCAGCACCUCAUCAACAAUUUAAGACGCCAUGUAAAGAUCCUUUCAGAUAAGCAGAAGGAAAAGCUGGACCCAAUGGAGGAUAUGGCACUUGGAGAGACGUUGAAACUGAUGUUCAAUGUGACACACUUUUCAAAGACACAUGUGUCUUCGUUUGCUCCGGCAGUGCCACUAAUCGUGGCACUGAUUUUAAAACAUGAAAUACCCGAACCCAAGCCCUUGGAUCCCCCCUUUGGUCCUCUUAUUAACUCGCUUCUCAACCUCGAUCUUCGCAUUGAGCUGAGCCGAUUGGCUCUGUACCCCGAGAAUGAGCCACACAAGUUAACAUCAAGGCUUGUGGACUUGCUCGAUCAGGGCAUAAGAGCGUACAGUGGCAAUGACCUCGAAACUGUUGUCACACCGGUGGUCAGCCUACUUGCUAGGUUGUACGAAAACGCUCCACAGCCAGUCCAGCAAAAGCUGCGCGAGUGUCUUCUACCAACCGCAGAGGAUCGGCAAGGCGUGCUGGGCCGCUCCGACUCUCUCCCAUCACACUUGCUGAAGAAUUCAACAAAUCCCACAGCUCCGGCCUUGCGAGACGCUAUUUCUCAUCUUCUAUUCGAUAUUUCAGACAAGGACGCGUCGAAAUUUGUAGAAAACGUGGGUUAUGGCUUUGCAUCUGGCUUCCUGUUUCAGAACAACGUGCCCGUACCUGCAUCAUCUGCCGCCACUUUCAGGAAAGGCGACGGUUUCGGGGCCCAAAAACUCGUCAACCCUAUUACCGGGCAGUUUCUGGACAGGGAGAAGAUUGCCGAUGCGCCAGAGAUGACAGAUGAGGAAAAGGAGCGUGAGGCAGAGCGCCUAUUUGUUUUGUUUGAACGGCUGAAAAAGACUGGCGUCGUCAAUAUUCAAAAUCCUGUCGAGAAGGCCGUUCAGGAGGGUAGAUUUGAAGAGUUAUCUGAUGAUUGUGUCGAGGAAUUGGAUUGA